AUGACAAAUGGUAAGGCUGAGUUCCACCUUCUGAGAGUUCUGCCUGCCCAAGAUCUCGACAAAAUCGGUAAAUACAAGAGUACAAAAGAACUUUGGGAAAAGUUCUUGGAACUCUAUGAAGAACUAGAAGUAUCCGAGAUCGAGGAAAUUGCUAGAACAGCUCUCAUAGCCGAAUAUCUACCUGAAGACAAAGAAAGUUUAUCCAAGAUGAACAUCGAUGGAGGGAGAGAGACUUCGAAAGAAAGCAGCGAUGAAGGGGGAGCAUCGGACAAUGAAAUAACGGCGGUGUUCUCCAAUGGGCUGCCGAAGAUCCAGACGCACGGGAGGGAGAAACCGGAGAACGAGAUCUGCCACGACGACAGCGCGCCGCCGGUGAAGGCGAAGACCAUCGACGAACUGCACUCCCUGCAGAAGGACGGCGCGCAGCAAGGCAACGCUGCCUUCGCCACCAUCUCAGAGGAGGAGUGCCAGAAGCUCCAGCUCCAAUCCAUCAGUGAUUCAUUGGCGUUGCUGACGAGGGAGACAGGGUCGAAGGUUGUGAGGGGCGAUCCGGCCAGGAAGGCGGAGGUGACCAAGGUCGCCGCCGAGCACCACCACUACUUGACGAUGACCAUCAGCGUCAGUGACAGCGACAACGCCCUCAAGUUUACCCAUGUCCUCUACAACCUCUCCCCUGUUGAACUCUACGAGCAAGCCAUAAAACAUGAACAUGGAUCAUUCAUAACAUCGACCGGAGCCUUGGCUACCUUGUCCGGCACGAAGACUGGUCGUUCGCCGAGGGACAAGCGCGUCGUCAAGGAUGAAACCACUGCCAAUGAGCUUUGGUGGGGCAAAGACUCACCGAACAUAGAGAUGGAUGAGCACACCUUCCUGGUGAACAUGGAGAGGGUUGUCGAUUACCUCAACUCUUUGGAUAAGGUAUUUGUGAAUGACCAAUUCCUCAACUGGGAUCCCGAGCAUCGAAUCAAAGUUCAAAUUGUCUCUGCAAGGGCCUAUCAUUCCCUGUUCAUGCACAACAUGUGCAUCCGUCCUACGCCUGAAGAACUGGAGGAUUUCAGUACUCCGGACUUCACAAUUUACAAUGCUGGCCAGUUUCCAUGUAAUCGAUACACACACUACAUGACUACCUCCACCAGCAUUGAUCUUAAUCUUGAUAGGAAAGAAAUGGUCAUCCUUGGCACACAGUAUGCCGGGGAGAUGAAGAAGGGUUUGUUCGGUGUGAUGCACUAUCUAAUGCCUAAAAGAAACAUUCUCUCCCUGCACUCUAGAAACAAUAUGGGCAAAGAUGGUGAUGUUGCCCUCUUCUUUGGAGUAUCAGGUAAGUGUUGGUCGGACGAGAUUCUGGCGCAUCACCUGCCCAUUGAUGGAUUGCUGAAGUCACAGAUUUAG